UCUUUCUCGACAAGAUGGCCACACCGGCGGUACCAGUAAGUGCUCCUCCGGCCACGCCAGCCCCAGUCCCGGCGGCGGCCCCAGCCUCGGCCCCAGCCUCAGUUCCAGCGCCAACGCCAGCACCGGCUGCGGCUCCGGUUCCCGCUGCGGCUCCAGCCUCAUCCUCAGACCCUGCGGCAGCAGCGGCUACAACUGCGGCUCCUGGCCAGACCCCGGCCUCAGCGCAAGCUCCAGCGCAGACCCCAGCGCCCGCUCUGCCUGGUCCUGCUCUUCCAGGGCCCUUCCCCGGCGGCCGCGUGGUCAGGCUGCACCCAGUCAUUUUGGCCUCCAUUGUGGACAGCUACGAGAGACGCAACGAGGGUGCUGCCCGAGUUAUCGGGACCCUGUUGGGAACUGUCGACAAACACUCAGUGGAGGUCACCAAUUGCUUUUCAGUGCCGCACAAUGAGUCAGAAGAUGAAGUGGCUGUUGACAUGGAAUUUGCUAAGAAUAUGUAUGAACUGCAUAAAAAAGUUUCUCCAAAUGAGCUCAUCCUGGGCUGGUACGCUACAGGCCAUGACAUCACAGAGCACUCUGUGCUGAUCCAUGAGUACUACAGCCGAGAGGCCCCCAACCCCAUCCACCUCACUGUGGACACAAGUCUCCAGAACGGCCGCAUGAGCAUCAAAGCCUAUGUCAGCACUUUAAUGGGUGUCCCUGGGAGGACCAUGGGAGUGAUGUUCACACCUCUGACAGUGAAAUACGCAUACUAUGACACUGAACGCAUCGGAGUUGACCUGAUCAUGAAGACCUGCUUUAGCCCCAACAGAGUGAUUGGACUCUCAAGUGACUUGCAGCAAGUUGGAGGGGCAUCAGCUCGCAUCCAGGAUGCCCUGAGUACAGUGUUGCAAUAUGCAGAGGAUGUACUGUCUGGAAAGGUGUCAGCUGACAAUACUGUGGGCCGCUUCCUGAUGAGCCUGGUUAACCAAGUACCGAAAAUAGUUCCCGAUGACUUUGAGACCAUGCUCAACAGCAACAUCAAUGACCUUUUGAUGGUGACCUACCUGGCCAACCUCACACAGUCACAGAUUGCCCUCAAUGAAAAACUUGUAAACCUGUGAAUGGACCCCAAGCAGUACACUUGCUGGUCUAGGUAUUAACCCCAGGACUCAGAAGUGAAGGAGAAAUGGGUUUUUUGUGGUCUUGAGUCACACUGAGAUAGUCGGUUGUGUGUGACUCUAAUAAAUGGAGCCUACCUUUUGUAAAUUAA